AUGACAGUUCGUAUCUCGUUCUGCUUCUUAUUGUUCCUAACGGGAUGCUGCGAUUGCAUCCUGCCGGGGACGAUAAUACCCCCCGGACGAAGACAGCCCCCGCGGCAGGACAAUCCGUACUGCCGCAUCUGUGCUAAUCAUACCAUGUGUCGGUUUCCGUACGACACUGAUGGCACCAGAUGCCUAAAUCUCCAGCACGAGGAUCUGGGCCUUGACGAUAUCGCGACGAUACUGGAAACGCAUAAUUUUUAUCGUAACAGAGUGGCGAACGGUGAAGAGCAGCAAGGAAACCCGGGCCCGCAACGUCCAGCGAAAUUCAUGAUGGAAUUGAUCUGGGACGACGAACUGGCUCAUAUCGCGAGGCGAUGGGUAGUGCAGUGCAACCUCUUUGAGAAAGAUCAGUGCCGAGACGUUGGCAAGUAA